GUUAGAAAUUUUAGCAAGACUUAUCCUGAGGGCGAAGUUAUUGAAGAAUACCAGUGCACCCACGACGAUAGACAACGAGGAUGGGUAAGCACGUGUACCUCUGUGGAAUUAAAUGCAGCGUUGGAUGAGGGGUACAGGGUCAACAAAGUCUACCGUGUAUUGGAAUACACUUCAUCGGAUAAUGGUCUGUUCCGCUCUUACAUCGCGGAAUUUAUGGCCCAGAAGAUACACUCUUCUGGGUUCGAUGAAUCAAUCAAGGGUAAUUUUGCUGCAGAGGAGAACCUUAUUCGCGAAUGCGCGGAAAAGUUUGAUAUCAAAAUCGAAAGAAAUAAAAUGAUCCCAAACAAAGGCAAGCGCACUCAAGCAAAGCUUUGUCUCAACAAUCUUUGUAAUUUUAAAAAAAUAUUCUGGGGAAAAAUAAAUUAACUUUAGGG